ACUUAUUAUACAAAAUAGUAUUAAGUAUAUGUCAAUAUGUACUAAUCUAAACAAUAUAAGUUGAAAGGAAACUUACUCAGGUGAACAGAAUAAUGGGAAGAGAGAUAGCAGCAUUGUAUUGACUCAAUCUACUCCUAAAAAUACGUUCAUCGUUAUUUUAUACAUUUAUUACAAAGUAGUUGAGCUUAAUUUGAAUGAAACUCACAUUUUGAUCAUUAAUUUAUAUACCUGGAUAGAUUUUGUUUUAACCAUUCAUCGCGUCCUUGAACUGCUUGAAAAAAAAUAAACGUGUUACUUCAUAAUCAGUUAAAAACACCGAAACUGCUGAGUUAUUCUGUUUAACAAAAUCAAACCAUUACUAACUUUAUUAUUAUUAUUAUUUUGAUAACAAUUUUAUUGAAUAUCUUUCAUUAUCCUAAUUACAAUUAUUUGGAAUUAAUUCAUCAAUUUUUUUUAUUAUUAAAUUAUGAAUUAUGGUGUAUGUUUUGCACGGAAUUCUAAAUUUCCCACAUCAACAAAAAGCUCAAACACUUUGUCCUCUACAAUAUUUGAAUGCAAAUCCAAAUACUCCAUCAUGGUCACCGCAUCCAUCAUUGACUAUUCAACAGGCUAAUUCAUCAAAUGCUUUGUCGAAUCAGUGUAUAUUGAAUUUUUUCAACGGUGGUGGUGGUGGAACGCCAACUGUAGCGGCGGCUAAUGGAACUGUAUUGGCGGACACAACAAUAGAUCCAGUUGUAUUGCCUGAACAACAGCAACAACAACAAUGGUCAAGAAAUUCAAAUAUUGAAUUUAUUCAAAAAUCUAUAUCACCAGUAUGGAAUGGGGAAUAUCAUACUGGAGAGAAUAAUUUCCCAGUCUUAUUGGAAUUGCCUACAAGCAUAAAGAAUGAUUCCGAUCAGCCUAAUCAGUCCAAUGGUGCCAAGUCGAAUCAAGGUCCUGCUGAUACUGUCACAAGUACCACGAAGAGUUUAACAGAAGAUGAUUCAUUCCAUAUAUUUGUUGGUGACUUAUCGCCUGAAGUGCAAGAUGAGACACUGUUAGCAGCAUUUUCUAACUUUGGGACAAUUACAGAAUGUAAAAUCAUCAAAGAUAUGCAUACCCAGAAGCCUAAAGGAUAUGGAUUUGUAGCCUAUUCCACAAGACAAGAAGCAGAGCGUGCAAUUCGUAUUAUGAAUGGUCAGAUAAUUGGUACUAGAGCGAUAAGAACCAAUUGGGCUGUACGUAAAGAUCCAGCUGAUCAAGCUAAAGAUCAUCGUCCAUUGAAUUACUUAGAAGUAUUUAACGCUUCAUCGGCUUCAAAUACAACAAUUUAUGUCGGUGGUAUCACGAAUGAAUUGACUGAAAAACUUCUUCAAGAUUCAUUUAAACAAUUUGGUGAAAUCAAAGAAAUUAGGAUAUUUAAGGACAAAGGAUUUUCAUUCAUUAAAUUCGAUUCUCAUGUCGCUGCUACACAGGCAAUUGUUACAAUGCAUGGAAAAGUUGUUGGUGAUCAAGCCUGUAAAUGUUCAUGGGGAAAAGAACCUUCCUUUACAAAUAAACAAGGAUUAGCAAAACGUUUAUCAUCGGCUUUAUUUGUCUCAACCGUGCAAAACCCUAUAAACAAUGACCAGAAUGCAAUUCUCUUAAGACCACAGAAUUCAUGGCUUACAUCAGCAAAUCAAAACGGUUUAAUAUUAGAAUUACCAGCGAAAAGAUCAGCAAAUGAAAAGCUACAUCCAAUCAAUAUGAAUUGUAUAACAUCAACAGAUAAACUAUUAACAGUUACAAAUGAACGUCAGCUACCCAUCAGGCAUACAUCACAAGAUACAAAUAAACCGAAUAAUGCUAAUGUUAGCCUCACAACAACAAAUCCAUUGUGGCCUUAUACAUGUUGGUUUACUGGGAAUCCAAAUCAGGACAAUGCUUUACCUGUACUGGUACUUGAUAAUUUAACAAGAGGAACACUGUCAAAUCAGCCUGUAAUUCCAUUCACACCUUCAGUAGAUAAUAAUCCUCUACUCUUAGGUUUAUCCAACAUAGAUUUAACAAAAGGUUAUUGUCUAGACAAUUCUGAUUUCAGUAUCAUUCCAAACACCAACAAUAAUAAUAAUAAUCAUAAUACAAAUGGACAGUUUACUGACUCUCAACCUGCAUUCCCAAUUAUUGAAGGCAUUCAUAAUUACAAACCGCCUUUAUUUCGAAGUAUCCCGUCUAAUCCUAUUGCCUUACAAACACGUGAAAAUUUAAAUCUACGAGAUGCACAACAACAACAACAUCAACAGCAACUUUUAAAUUUAAAACAAGUUACACUACCCAACAUGGAGGCUAAUAAUAAUGCUUAUUCUUUUAUACCAAAUAUCCCGUUAAUUGCUUUCUCGGCACUUCCAAUAAAUUCAACAACCAACACUGAACCUAUGCUUGAUGCAACAGUAACAAUGACUUAUAGAAAUGAUAAACAAUCACUGAAUCAAUCUGCUCAAUUAUCUCAUUUUGGACAGUAUCCUGUAUAUAACGGGGACAGGUAAACGUAAAACUACAUAUCACAUCCUUACGGAAUAGUUCAUCUCUAUAACACACACUACAAAUGAAUUUUCAUUACUAACACUAUCAGCAUCACAUUGAUGGUAAAAUGUACCACAGUGCACUACAAUUAAGAAAUGCAGUGGCAGCAAUAUUAAUAAAAUUUGCCAGACAAUUAUAAAAAUAGACACAAUUAUUCUUAAUUACUGUGAAUACCAUAUCGAGAAAAUACAUAAAAAUAUUGCAAAUAAAUAAAUAAUAUACGUGACAAUCUCCGUAGAAUUUGACUUGACUGCUAUAUUAAAUAUUUUACAGUUUGAAACUAAUGCAGUUGUCAACGUUCAAUCCGGAAUUCAACAUUGAAAGCCGCUGUCUAGUCUGUCAACACUGUCAACAUGAUCGUCAACUUUUCUGUUCAGAAAAAUCCUUCUCGCACAUACAUAUAAAACUAACAGUUAAGCUGAUCACAAUAAUAUCACUGAAAAAAAUCUGCUGUUCAUAGAAGAUCGCGCUGAAUUUAGUUCAUUCACAUCAGCAAUUCACACUUUCUUAUAUUCAUUUCUUCAACAAAUAACCUGCUUAUUGAAUUAGUCAAUGAUAAUUUCUAAAAAUAAAAUGGACACCUUCUUUUUUUAACAAUUACAUCGAAUGUGAAAACCGAACAAAUUAACUUUCGACCUUCUAUUUUUUCUUCUCCUUUUUCUUGUCUUUUCCACCCCUUUUCCAAAUAUUUCAUUAUGGGAGUCUUUAAUGUUUUGCAGUGUUUGAAAUCUCCUGGCUAUCGGAUUGCAUUUACUAAGUUUUUGAAGUUAAAUGAUGAAUAUAUAUCCAUUGAACACCUUGAAUGUGUUAUCCUAAAUUCCAGCACAUUUCUAUGAAUUCCGAAUGUGUAUCGUUCAUGGUUUCGUGUUACUCGAGUAGUACUUUGCUAACUAGUGUACUUAAAUGUUAAAACUCUGAAUAUUUCAUUCCUCUUCAACAUUGAAAUGUUGGCCUAUCUGCUUAUUUUAAAAAACGAUACUGUUAAAAUCAAAAUUGUUUCAAUCUGUGAACAGUUUACAUCUUCUAAUUGUUGAUAACGAGGUAUGUAAUUAAUAUAUUUAAGCGAGAAUGUUACAGAAUAGAUUUACACAUGUGAAGAUUAUAAUUAUUUUAACUGUGAAAUGUCCUCUCUCUCUCUCUCUAAAGCUGACUGUGUUAAAUAGAAAGAAGGAUUUUAAUAAAGCAAAAAAAAAUAGUGUCAUUUAUUUC